UACAGUAUUACACAUUCAUACAUACACAAUAUAGCUAGGUACCCAUUACUUUUCUUUCACUUUAAAAAUUAUUUGACCAAAUUCGUAUGGAUGUUCGUGUUUUUUCGUAUGUAAUUAUUGUUGUUUACACUUCGUAGUAAUUGUUACAAUGGACCUAUCUGGAUUUUGUCGGUACUGUCUGACGGAAGACGAUGCAAAAACGCCCAUAGUCGAAGAUCCUGAUGGUCUGGCAGAGAAAAUAAAUAUGUGUUUACCGAAUAAAUUUUCAGAAGAAGACCCRUUUCCAAAAAUGAUAUGUAAUAGUUGUCAUCGGAAACUUUUGGAGACGUAUAACUUCUUUAUGUGCAUCCAGGAGACUGAGAAUCAUUUUCGUGGCAUCUUGGAUCAAAUGAAUCAGCCACCAAGUGAUUGUGAUGUAGGGACACCCACAGUUAGAAGACCAAGUAAAAGAAAAUCAGGACCUUGUAAACGUUUGUCUGUUAAAUCACCCAAGAAAACUGUUCAUGCUGAGAUAGUAGAUGAUGAAAAUCAGWGCAAAUCUGUGGACGAACCUUCAGAUAGUUUGACAGAAAAACAAGAUAAACCUCUGCAUGUAUGUGAAAUCUGUGAUCGCACAUUUCAAAAUCUUUUGGCAUUUAACACUCAUGUCUUAAACCAUAAUAAUGAACCUCCUACUAUUUCAUGUGAGUCAUGUGGUUAUACWACACAGCAUCGAUCGUCUAUGUACCGUCAUCAAAAGCGUCAUCUUAAGCAGUCCAAGUAUACAUGUUCAGAAUGCAACAAAAAUUUUAUUACAGAAAGUUCACUAAAUGAACAUAAAAAUAAGCAUACUGGUGAUAAGCCAUUUAAAUGUGAAUCAUGUAAAAAAUCAUUCUCUUUAUCUCGAUACUUAGCAACACACAUGCGCCUUAUACAUGGUGAUACAGUAUCAUACGUGUGCACUCAAUGUGGGCGUAAAUUUGAUGAUCGAAGUUCACUAGCUCUACACCGUCGAACUCAUAAAAGAGCUAUGUCUUGUCUAUGUGACAUAUGUGGCAAAGAACUAUCCAGCAGAGAACAUUUGAAGUUACACAAACGAUUACACACAGGAGAGAAACCAAAUGUAUGUAGYUUCUGUGGUAAGGGUUUUGCAAAACAAUGUACAUUAGUAUUACAUCUCAGGACUCACACUGGUGAAAAGCCUUAUCAAUGUGAUCAGUGUGGUAAGACAUUCUCUCAGCGUUCUUCUUACGUAAUUCAUUAUAGAAAACAUACAGGUGCAAGACCUUAUGUGUGUGCUUGUGGUAGUGGUUUUGUAUGCAGAGCAAUGUUAACUGCACAUGAAAAGACAUGUGCUUUUGUUUUUCCUAUCAACAUGUACCAAAGCAUGUAUUAACUUAAAAUAAUUUUUAAAUCUUAUUCAAAUUUAUAAUUGUUUCUGUAAUUAUCAUUGUUAUGACUUAUAAAUUAUGAUAAUAAUUUAUAAUACAUUUUUUUUAAAGCCAUAAUUUUUGAGUCCCCUACCAAGUGUUUACUUCUUGAUGAUGGAAUUUUUUUUUUUAUACUAAAAGUGUCAAAAUUAGUAGUCAACACUAAAUGCAAUAAUGACUCAUUCAUUUUUAUGCUUUAUAUAUUUAUCACUUAGAAUUUGUAUAGUUAGUCUAACAAAWUUUUUUUUUUUGGUAUGGUAUGUAUAUGAGAGUACGUCCAAAGUUCUUGUURGUUUGUCUAUUUGGCAGAAAUUUUAUCGAGCACAUGGAAGUUUCUACUAUGUCCUAUUUUGGAGAGAUGGUGCUCUCUUACACUUGGCAGUUGUCUGUCCUGAGAGAAUAGCYGGGUUUGYACGGCAUCUGAAUUGCCAUUUUAGUUCUAUUGGCCACUCUGUGUCUCAAUAAAAUAUUUAAUGUUUAUGAUUAWUUUUUAAAAAUUACACUGUUUAUUAUAAUAAUUAGGUUAAUAUCUGCAUUACUAUGGGCUGCACAAUUUUCAAAGAAUAACUAAAUAUUUAUUUUGAGGGAAUUGGAACUAUUUAUUUAAUGUUUUAAUAUAAUAUUAUUAUUUAUUUCAUAUUAUAUAAUUGGAAGUAAUAUUGAUGAUGGUAUGAAAUGUAUACUUUUUAAAUAUAUUUACGGAGUGUUCCCAUAGCUAUWUAUAUAAACAAAAAUGACAACUCACAACUUAUUACAUUCAAACAUUAUAUUUAAAAUUAAUAUGUUUAAAAUGUUUCCUUAACAUUAGAUGUGUAUGUUACAUAAUAUAUAUAUAAUAUGGUUUUUAUUUGGGUAUGUUUUUUUUUUCAUGAAAUUAAAAUAUUCUUUUCCAAAUAACCUUGGUUGCCAUCUAUAAGAGUUUACAAACUUAAGCGGUAAGAUAAUAUGUUAAUGAUCCCACCAUUUUAAAUUAUUAAAUUCUUAUGGAACACUCUGUAAUUAAAUUUGUGUUAACUUGAAAAUGGGUAUUGUAUUACCAAACUUAAAAGUUAUGGACACGCUUUGUUUCAUUGUGCAAUACUGCAAUACCUAUGUUUAGAUAUUUUUGAGAAUAAAUUAUUGUAUGAUAUUAUAAUAAUACUUGUUAUUGUUGUGAACAUAUUGCUCUAGAGCAUUUCACCUAAUUCAUC